GCGAAUGUCAUGACGCAACUGGGCACUUUGGCUACAAGAAAACGAGUGCUAACUUAGUACAGCGAUUUUGGUGGCCCAGAAUGUUAGAUGACACAAAGAAGUAUGUUGAGACCUGUCAGGUCUGUCAGCGGGACAAGCCGCGAACUCAAGCACUGCUUGGGUUAUUGAAGCCUUUACCUAUUCCUGAUGGUCCAGGAUUGAGUGUUUCCAUGGAUUUCAUGGACACCCUUGUGACCAGCAAGAGUGGUAAGAGGCACAUUUUCGUCAUCAUUGACCGAUUCACCAAGUACGCUAGACUAAUUCCAAUGCCAGAGAUAGCCAGGACGGGAUACGUCAUCAAGUUGUUCAAGGACAACUGGGUAAGGGACUUUGGUUUACCAAAGACCAUCAUUAGUGACGGAGACGUCCGAUUCACAAGUGAGCUGUGGAAGAAGACUGCAAAACAGAUGGGCAGUCAACUUCAGAUGACUUCAGGGAAUCAUCCCGAAGCCAACGGACAGGCCGAACAAAUGAAUAGAGUUGUACAGCACUUGCUGAGGCACUACAUCAAGCCCAGCCAGGAUGACUGGGAUGAGCAGUUACCUCUCAUCACCAGCCUGUACAACAAUGCUAUACAUAGUAGUACCGGCGUCAGUCCUAACCAGCUGCACUUAGGAUGGAAGCCUAGAUCAGCAUUAGACUUCCUCCUACCUGAAAACCGACCUGCUGCAACUCCAGGCACACUUGAAUACGGUGUGCAGUAUGAGAAGUUGCUGCAAGAGGUUGUUGAACACAUGAAGAAGGCUCAGCAAGCCAUGAUUGCUUCUGAGAAUCAACAUCGUACACAAUCCACAUUUCAGGUAGGGGAACGUGUCUGGGUCAAGGCUAAUCCGACACCGGCGGAGGCAGAGAGGACUCACCUGGCUAACUUGAUGCUGGGCAUGAUGAGAGGAAUCAUGUGGAAUAACACAAUGCUGCAGGCACAUCUGCGCACGGAACGACAACAAAGACAAAAGUACCAACAAGACAUUGCCGUUUUAACAGUUGCCAUCCGCGUCGAAGCAACACAGCAGCAGCAACAGCAUCAGCUGUUGAACUCCGCUCUCGCACACAUCAACAGCAUUGAGGCUAAUGCCUCAGCAGCGCCCGGCUGCACGACAGACGCGACGAAGCAGCUCAAUGAGCGCAUCGAUCCCGUCGUCACCAUCAUUGGCGAACUAGGUGAUUUCACUAGUCCGGCCACGAUCAGCAGCACGGUGGCCACCAUCAAGGCGGAAAUCACCAAGCUGCAGACAAGACCGGACACCGCCACAAGAAACUACAAGAUGCCGCACUUCACCAUCAGCAAGUUCGAUGACUACAACAAGACGGACGCCUUGACAUGGUGGCAAAGUUUCCUCACGGAAGCAUCAUGCCGCACUGCAUGGAUGAACCAUCUGGCGGCUACCAAGAAAUGCACCAUCGCCGAACUCCACACGCACAUCACGUGGAAAGAGUUCGAGCAGCUAUGGUUCACCCGGUUCAUGGUCCGCAACGUCGUGAAGGCGGCCAUGAACGAGGUGUACACCUGCUCACAAGGGAAUAUGCCAACUCGAGACUGGACAACCAAGUGGCAGAAGAUAGUGACCACGCGAGGCUUCGAUUUGAGUUUUACCAACCAACGAUCCGAGUUCUUCUCGCGAUCGUGCGCAGGACUGCGAACCGCACUCGGCAACGAGUACGAUUACUCCUCAUUCCAGGCCAUCCUGGAUCGUGCGAACUUGGUCUUCCAAACGGAUGACAAGGCCGCAAACAAACGACAGUCCCAGCUGCAUUAUGUGGCUAAGCAGGGCUAUCAACGACCGGCACAUAACAAUGUCGUGAUUUCGGAAGAAACAGUCGAUCUCCACGCUGCAGCAGCAUCCUCGAGUGAUGGAGGAAUUGUAGCAGCGCUCCCGCCGAAGCGUCCCAAGAGAGUUCGGAAGAACAAGGCGACACAAGAGACGGCAUCGACGGGAACUGGGCAGCAGCCAUGGACGACAUACAAGAUAACCAAGGAAAUCUAUGACCUUCGUCAAAACAAACUCGGGAAACUGAGUUACGCAAGGGGAGGGGCGACGUCUCUCCUCACUCCGCCGGACUCGGUUGCCUUGCUAGCAAACGAUGUCACUACCGGGGAGCAUGCGUUAGUCACUGAUUCUCGUGCUACGUACGAGGAUUAUGCCGCCCAGCUGGUACCACCACUAGACCAGCCGAGCCACGUGCACUUAGAUUGCGUAUGCGCAGCCUGUACACCGUCGGCAAGUGAUCCGGUCAGUUCGCCACUAAUUUCCGAGGACUCGACGGCGUGGUCAAGACUUGAGGAGCUUGACCCGCUCACGAGAGAGGACUUCGCUUGGAUGCCUCUACCCUCGACCGGAACCUUGCCAAGGUCGUAUUGCAACGCCUUGAUGGCAAAUCUACGCUCCUAUUUGCACACUACAGUACCAGCUCCGUUGACGGACGACGGGGUAGCGGUUGUCGAUCUCCGCUCCUAUCUUGCGAAGUUUGACCGCGAGUACGCCACCAAAAGGUACGCCGAAACCGACGCGCCUUUGCUCUAUAUCCACAUUCAAAUCGGAAAGGCAACCUGUAGUGCCUUGAUUGAUUGCGGAGCGUCUCGCAAUUUUAAGAGCCAAGCCUUUAUGGCCCGCGCAGGCCUUGGCCCGCGCGUUCGAAGGAAGACGCAACGCACGCAAGUUACACUCGCGGACGGCCGCACGCAAAAGUCGAUUGACCGAUGCUUCGACGACGUUCCGGUAUACUUUGCGCUACUUGCGUGCGAGCCGGUGUCUUUUGACAUCCUCAACACCAAGUUCGACAUGAUUCUAGGCAUGUCUUGGUUGCGUAGCGCCGAUCAUCCGGUGAACUUCCACGACCGGACCGUUCACAUCCGUGAUCAGAACGGAGUGUUAGUCCCAUGUACGGUCGCGACCCCUCACACUUCGAUUGCUUGUCACGUGGUUUCCGUUGCGAGAAUUCGCGACGCCAUUGCUCGGAAUGACGUCGAGGAGAUGGGCCUUGUAUUCUUGCAUGCUCUCCCCUCGCCGGACGGACCAGCCGCGUCCCCGCCGGACCCACACAUUUCCCACCUCUUGGACAAGUAUAGAGACGUCUUCGAGGCUCCCACCGGAACGGUUCCGGAUCGGCCCAUACGUCACGGGAUCACUCUCGAGGCUGGUGCCAUCCCUCCGCGUGGAUGUAUCUACCGCAUGAGCGAAGAGGAACUCGAGGUGCUUCGCGCACGACUCGAUGACCUUCUCGACAAGGGCUGGAUUUGGCCUAGUUGCUCGCCUUACGGUGCCCCUGUGCUCUUCGUCCGGAAGAAGAACAAAGAUCUACGGUUAUGCAUCGACUCUCGCAAACUUAACGCACAAACCGUAAAGAACGCCGGCCUUCUCCCUCGAAUUGAUGAUCUCCUUGAGCGGUUAGGCGGCGCGACCUACUUCUCGAAGUUGGACUUGAAGUCGGGUUACCACCAGAUUGAAAUCCAGCCUCAAGAUCGGUACAAGACCGCGUUCAAGACGUGGUACGGGCAUUUCGAGUGGGUUGUCAUGCCAUUUGGCCUCACCAAUGCCCCCGCAACGUUCCAAGCAGCUAUGACGACUGAGUUUCGCGACUUGCUCGAUCGCAGCGUCCUCAUCUACCUGGAUGACAUCUUGGUUUAUACCAAGUACAAAGCGAACCUCGACAAGUGCGAGUUCGCCAAGCAGGAGCUUGAGUACUUGGGUCAUUUUGUCACGCCGAAAGGCAUUCGUCCCUUAGCGGACAAGAUCCAAGCCAUCGUGGAUUGGCCGGAACCCUGUUGUACGACGGACGUACGCUCAUUCAUGGGUUUGGCUGGAUAUUAUCAGCGAUUCGUCGAGUCAUACUCGAAGGUGGCCGCCCCUUUGUCGAGACUUCAGUCCCCGAAGGUACCCUUCGAGUUCGACGACGCAGCCCGUGGCGCGUUCACUACGUUGAAGGCAGUGAUGCAAGCCGCACCUGCCCUCCGUAUAUAYGACCCCACCCUWCCCACCCAAGUGACUACGGACGCUUCGGGAUACGRUAUUGGUGCGGUGUUGGAACAGUGUCACGAGGACGGUUGGCAUCCGGUYGAGUAUUUCUCCCAAAAGGUGCCUCUCGUAAACACUCUCGACGACGCUAGGAAGAAAGAGCUACUCGCGUUCGUCACCGUUCUCAAACGGUGGUGCCACUUUCUUCUCGGCCGUCGGCGUUUUCAAUGGAAUACGGACAACAAUCCGUUGACCUUUUACAAAACGCAGGAUACGAUAACUAGCACGAUCGGUCGAUGGAUGUAUUACAUCGACCAACUCGACUUUGACCCGUGCCACAUUCCCGGUCCCGCCAAUCGAGCUGCGGACGCCCUCUCACGACGGCCCGAUUUUUGUGCCAUUGUGACCACGGCAUUCGACCUCGAUGACGAUCUGCAGCCGCAUUUCGUCAAAGGCUACAAGUCCGAUCCGAAUUACUCUACGCUUUACGCGGAGCUUUCAUCGGAUCACCCGCCGGCUAGCCACUAUCGGAUUUUCGACGGGUUCCUUCUCCUUCACACGAGAGGAAAGGACUUGUUAGUUGUGCCCCAAGAUCGYAUCUUACGGACUCGUCUUCUCGGCGAAUUCCACGACGCACGACUUUCGACACACCUUGGCGUGAACCGCACAUUAGCACACCUCCGCCAGCGUUUUCACUGGCCCGACGUCCUUCAUGACGUCACGAGGUACAUUGAGUCAUGUGCAGUUUGCCACCGUAACAAGGGUCGAUUUCGAGUCCCCUUCGGCGAACUGAAACCGUUGUCGAUUCCUUGAGCACCGCGCCUCUCCAUUGCUAUGGACGUGACAGUCCCGUUUAAUACCUAUUUGCAUGUUAGUAGGUUGGUCUAGUAUUCAAAAUUACAAGAAAGAGUACAUGAUAGCUUUUUUAGU